AUGAGAAGGAAAAGCACCCAGAGCUUCAGCCGGGGCCUGCAGCUGGCAGUUCCUGAGCAGCUUCACGCUGGGGAGAAGCCCUACAAGUGCUUGGAGUGUUGGAAGAGCUUCAGCCGGAGCAAUGAUCUGAUCCGUCACCGGCUGAUCCACACUGGGGAAUGGCCCUACGAGUGUGGGGAAUGUGGGAGGGGCUUCAGGUGUAGCUCUGAACUGAUCCGCCACGAGCGCAUCCACACAGGGGAGAGGCCCUAUGAGUGUUCUGAAUGUGGGAAGAGGUUUCAGAACAGCUCCAAUCUUCUCAAACACCAGCGUAUUCACACAGAGGAGAGGCCCUUCUGCUGCCCAGACUGUGGGAAGGGCUUCAAGCAAAACUCAAACCUCAUCACCCACCAGCGCAUCCACACUGGGGAGAGGCCCUACGAGUGUUCCCAGUGUGGCAAGUGCUUCAGCCGGAAUUCUCAUUUGACCCGACACCAACGCUGCCACCAGUAAGGGAAGCCCUGUGAGUGCCCCGAGUUUAGGAAGAGCUCCGUGUGCUGCUCCACC